UUCGCUGAAGAAGGUGGCUGUCGGAGGAGAGGGUCCAGCCUCACUCCCACCUCCUCCUUCCUCCCCUCCUCCUGAGAAAGGGGGGAGUGUUUCCCUCUGGUCCUCAGUCUUAACACUUCGCAGAGCUCUGAGACGCCACACUGAGCUCUGGAAGCUAGCUGUGACGGACAAAACACACACACACACACUUGGCAUGGAUAGCAAAGUUCUAGCGCUGGUGGCCCUGCUGACGCUCGCCAUAUGGAGCCCAGAGACGGACGCUAAACCCAUCAGUCUGGUGGAGAGAUGUUGGUGCCGGUCCACUCUCAACACCGUCCCGCAGAGGAGCAUCCGUGAGAUUAAGUUCCUCCACACACCCAGCUGCCCGUUCCAAGUCAUUGCCAAGCUGAAGAACAACAGAGAGGUCUGCAUCAACCCCAAGACCAAAUGGCUUCAGCAGUAUCUAAAGAAUGCCAUUAACAAAAUAAAGAAGUCAAAGAAACGUUCAGAGUAAACGCAUGAGGAUGUGCGGGGAGGACCACAGUGCAUCUCUGACCUCUAAAGAGGCACACGUCCUCUUCUCUUGCUUUCUUAGAUCACUCUUCCUCUUUUUGGACUGCUUGCACAAACAGCACUUCACCUAAACCUGCCUCUCAAGCACCCAGACAGCCUGCAGCUCACCAAAACACAACCAAACACCUUCAUCCUGACGCACUGCUACUGCUGGCUGUGACUGUUUACUGGUGCACGAGUGUGUGUGAGAGUGAAUGAAGCGAUUGAAUGCGACCUUGAACGUGCGAAUGGGAAGGCAAGAGAAAUAUUUACAGGUUUUCCGCAACUUAAAAGGCAGUAAAAAUGAGAGUUUGUGGAUUUGUGUCAUAGCUGUGAAGGAUGUUUAACCUUUGGGAUAGUUUGGGAUUAAUAAGGGAUGUAAGCAAGUGAAAAGAAGCAGAAAGUUAAACUUGCCCCUGUUCAAGCUCACUUUUGCUGUAGUCUCGGUAUUUAAAAGCUCAUCAGCACACAUGAAUGAUCUAGCACACUAACGCUAGCCCUGUUCCAAAACCUAAUGAGCCGCCUACCUGGACACCUAAUGCAAAAACGACAAAACAAACUGCCUUUUAAAAUUUACAGCAGUAUCAGCUGUUUUUAUCAAAUUAAGCAAUCCCAGAAUGCAUUGCGACAAGCUCUAUUCAAAAUCCAAGAUGGCAGAUGUGAAAAGCAAAUCAUAAGUAUACUCACAUUUUAUUCAGUACUAAAUAAAAGGUUAAAAAUUGACUUUUUUUCCCUGUAUUUCUAUGUAUUUUCUUAAAAACUGCAUAAUUAGCUUAGCAACAUGCUAACGUCAAACUGUUUGGAAUCAAUUGUGAGAUUAACAUUUUUGGGGAGUGUUUCAAAUCAAUCACUUACAAAGUUUCAUAACAGUUACAGAGCGGCCUUAGGAGCCAUUUACACAAGACCGUUUUCAACAAAAAAAAUUUUAUGCGUUUUGGUUAUUUACGCGACAAUUGCGGCUUAAAAGCGCAAACCUUUAAAAACGUGUUUCAAAGUGCACGUUUUUGAAAACAAUACCGUUAUCGUCUCACAAAUUUAUGAAAACGGUGAAGUCGUGUGCAUGCGUAUUACUUUUUAGUCUAUAGGUGCGUAGUGUAUCUUUACAAAGUGACAUCGCCAACUACUGGCCUGGCAUGAAUAAUACAGCAUUUUAGUACUUUUCGCAAAUCUGUGUGAACGAGGAUAGCUUUGACAACAUACGUGAAAAAUGAAAAAGAAAACCUUUCCGUUUUUAGCACAUCAUUGUCGUAGCCUUAGAAGAGAGUAGGCGGUAUGUGUAGUGCACUUAGCAGUGCACUAUCUAGGCAAGAGAUAAAAGGUUUUGGAACAGAGACACGUUUGACUAAGGGCUGCUACUACAGGAAGCAGAAUCAUAGUUUCCUGCCUUUCUUUUCCUCUCUGCUACCUGUGUGUAGCAAAUGCCAGACACUGAAACCCAAGAAAUAUGCCAUUUAGAGCAGAUGUGCUAUUUGUUUAAAGCAGGUGUUGUUAAUGUAAUCACGCCAUGGCAGCUUAAAACUUCUGCUCAUGUGUAUCGAGCGAUAUUCCGUGACUCAGGCCUUAAUUAACAGCAUUUGCAUACAGAUCUUUACUGUCUAGUGGCCUAAUUGUGUGUCAUACUGGUUGUUACUUGGAUCCAACAAGAACAACCAACAUGUAAAUAUUCUCAAGCACUAAAUGGCUGUCAGUAAAUGGGUUGAACAGGGACCAAAACUGAAUAAAUGCAAGCAAUUUUGUAGACUAAAUUAAUAUUACUUUAUGUAUUCCAUAUGUAUCAUGUUUUGUUUUUAUCCACAAAAUUAAGGGAUAUGACUGUGAUUUUGGUUUCCAUGACAUUAACACAUUUAUCUAACACACAUUGUUUCUGUUCUGAUAAUGUUUUGACUCAAUUGCCCAAUUGCUGUAACGUUUUUGAGCCACUUUAAAAAUAAGGAGUUUGUAAUGUAAUGAUUUAUUUUUGUAUUGAUCAAUAUGAAUAAAAACACAACAUACAAUGAGAA